UUUGCACUUCUCUUUAGAAAUGGCCUCGCAAGAAAAAACAAGAAAAUCUGAUAUACCAGAAGAAGUUUUGCAAGAAGAAAAGAAAGAAAAAGAAUAUAUUAUACAUUAUGUAAAGUCAACUGAACCUGAUAGAAAAGAAGGACCCUUUUCAGAUGCUAAUAAUGCCCCUGACAGCGGUAGUGUGGAGGGUGACUGGGAAACCAGACUCCAUUUUAUGGCAAGCAAGAAAGAUGAAGAGGAAAAACUGAUGUUCAGAUCCCAAGUAAAAGUGUGGCAUUGCUUCUUGAACAGGAAGACUGCUCUCAACCUUCAGGCCUAUUUUUUGUUUCACCUUCCAGACCUGACCCCAUUGAUGGAUACUUUGGUCUGCCUUAACUUGUCAUUCAAUAAUUUACUCUUCUUUCCUAUGGAGGUGUUUAACAUUAAAUCCUUACAAGUCCUUGUGCUCCGGAGCAACCCCAUCAGAAAAAUUCCAAAUGACAUUCACAGAUUGAAGUCACUGAAGAAAUUUACAAUUUCCUUUAAUUUGCUAGCAGAACUUCCAUCUGGCUUGUUUUUAUUAGACGAUCUCUGGUACCUGGACAUUGCCUAUAAUUAUAUUAGCUAUAUUCCUAAUGACAUCAAGAACCUCAGAAAGCUCGAGUAUCUGAACACUGAAGGGAACCAGCUCUCUGCUUUGCCAUGUGGGGUUUUGAAUCUUCCACUAAAAUCCCUCAGAAUAGAAAAUAAUUUCAUACACCCUUUGUUAUGGAAUGAAAAGAUUCAGAGCCAACCUCAGAAGUUGAUUCAUCUGGCUGCCCUCUGCUUCUCCACAAAUAAUCUAAAGGAAAGAUACAACAACAUCACAGAAGAUAUUAAAAAGAUUUUGGAUGAUUUUAGUGUCUGUGACUGCUGCAGUGGACCUCGAUAUGGCAAAGGACUUCAGCUCAUCCAAAUGUACAGAAAUGUAUUUAAAUUUGGAAGGCUUCCUUUUUACUUCUAUGCCUGCUCACCAUCGUGCCAUAGAAACUUUGUGUCUCAGCCUGAAGCUUGACUCCAGUACUUUGUGAAAAGGUAUCUGGAUUGCAGAGAAACUGUGAAUGGGAUAAAAUAAUUCAGAAAUAUGAGAUCUUGCGUUGUGUCAUUCAGGUGGACAGCCUGGGACUCUGCUGGUGUUAUGGGAUCACUUGCUGUGACUCCAUCUUUCUUAAAGUGCUUUCAGCUCUGAAUGGUUUGCUUCAUAUCACUGAAUAUGUAGCUGUAUUGAAAUGAAAUGUAGACUCAGUUCUAUGUAAAGUCAAUGAAGUUAGAUGCUGACCCUGUGUUUCCUCCAGUGACACCUGACAAGGUGUCAGAUUCUUCCCCACAACUAGCAGUAAGCCAUUUUACAUCACUGUUCUUGUCAGUGCUCUAAGAAUGGAUAACUUUAUUUCUGACCUAGAUAUUACAUCCUUCAGUUAUUUGUCAAAUCUGCAAUAUUUUUGCAAGUCAUGGAAGGUCUUUUUUUGCUAUACCAAAAACUCUUCAUUUUUUUUUAAUGAAUUUCAGUCCCCAAAGCUGAGAUGUCUGAUGCUUUUCUAAACAUAAUGAUACUACUAAUAAAAAUAAACAAAAUCCUCAUCAGAAUGAGUUAAUGAGGAAGACAGCCUACAACAGAUCUGGGAUCAGAGCUCCUUCUUCAGAUUUGGUGCUUGUAGUACAGCAUAGUCAAUGCUUUGUGUUGUUUCCCACCUUGUAUCAGUGAAAGUGUUAAAAUAUAAAUAAAAAGCAUUGAAACUCAUUUGCCAUUUUAGGAAAGAAAAAAACCUAAUCAUCUGAUUUUAUUAUCAAUCAGUACAGCUACUGAACUAUUAUAUGUAACGGAUUUUUUGCAUCUUUAAUUAAAUGAUCAAAAUCCAUUAUAAAGGCAGCUAUGACCCAGAGACAGUCCAAAGGGAAGAAGAGGGAAAAGCUAAGGGAGAGAUGAAAAACUGAUGACAUUCUUUGUACGCAUGCAGUCCCAUGGAUGGACUACCAUCUCUGCUCCAGUGAUUAGAUGACAGAACUUGUCUCAGAAUAAUUGUUGUAUAAAAUGUAUCAGCAGCAUCAAGGGCAGGGCCCAUUCUCCUCUGACAAUGUCAUCAGCACUGGGCCACAAAGGCAACUUCUGCAGACUUCUCUGGUCCCAUCAGUCCUGGAUGUCCGAUGACAGGUAGGUAGCAUCAGUACACUGGAAGAAAAAUAGCCUCCUAUCCUUCCCCAUCACUUCCUCUGCUUUCCACCCCUCAUCACAUUACUCCUGCUGACUGACCAGUGCACUCUGCUGGGAUAUGAUCACAGGGCGUCGAAACUACCUCAGCAUAAGGAGCACUUUUCACCUCCUGGUAGGUGCUCAGGCCUCUGUAUAUCUGUGCACGAAAGUAACUUUGCAACGUUUUCCUUACUUACUGUACUAAUUAUAGUAAAAAACUCAAACUGCUUUAUCUGUGCUGAGAUGGAGGCAGUGUGUUUAGUUGGAUGUGCGUUCAGUGCGACUACCUGGCUAUGAGCUGCCAAGAAUGGGGCUGGUGACAGGAAAGAAGUUAGAUUGACAUAAAUGCAAAAGCAGAAAUGGAUGGUCCAGAAAGAGAACUGAAAGGGGGAAUUCAGAGGUUUAACAGAACUCGUGGACAUUACAGUGAAGAGAUCUGAAGGCUGUUAUGUAAAAGACAACAACCAUUAUUCAAAGACAAAAACCAGGAAAAUGUCACUUACCUGAAGACUGCCUUUUGCUAAAUUCUAAGCCUUCAUAUGCAGAGUAGGAAAUGAUUUAGCAUCUGCAAUGCCUAUCACCGAGCAGGUGAGCUGAGUUACCAGCUCAUAACAUUGAGAGGAACUGAAAGAAACCAGCUUCUUCGCAGUGGAGGAAGAAAGAAUUUUAUCUUCAUAUAAAGUUGUCUGGAACUGACGUAACCUGGAGAAUUUAUGCAUGCUGACGAAUGGCUGAAAUUCAAAAUAAUAUCAAAAUGUCACCAAAACCAGGAAUUAGCAAGAUCCCCAGUAAACUUCCCAUCAGCCUUUGGCUUUGUCUCACAUGUUCCUGGCUGCUCCUGGUGAGGAAGGUGAGCUGUAACAAUGAAGAGUACCAAGGUCCUUCUGCAGCAUUGGUUGUAGAUAAAAACAGACACACGUAGCUUCCUGUGCUCUGGGCUUGGAGCUGGCUGGCUGAGAACAGAUAGAGCUGGGCUGUGCCAAGCUGGCUUGAGGAGAUGGUUUGUGUCAGCCCCCAUCCCAGUUUUUAUGCUUUUAGGGAACGGUAGUCCUACUCCUUCCAAAAGCAUUUGCUAAUGUUGAAAUGUUCUGGGGAUGUCUUCAAUAGUUUCUUGAAUUAUUUUAGGAAUGGCUGUAAAGCUUCCCAGGACUAAUUAAUAGAAGAUAUCUGGACUGAAAGAGUUUCGAAUGCAGUCAGGUUUUCUGGACUAGAUUCACAGCCUCUCUGCCAGGCUCCAGGGUAGAUGACCAUACUUUCUCUGCAUUUCUAGCUUGGCAGCAGUGGAGUUGGCGCUUGGUGUGUCCUUCACAGAGAAUUACUUGUAAAGGGAGUUACGGCAAUGUAGGAAGAGAGGUGGGCAUUUGGUGGUGUGAGAGUAGCAUGAAGAAAAUGAUGGGUGCUGUUGUGUUCUGCAGAAAAAAACAAAAACACUGUUGCAUGUGGACAGUGCUUCCCCAGGAUGAACACAUGAUCACCUCCAGCUUGGGGUGGCUCUGCGAACACACCUUUGGACUGGAGAGCAGCACAAGCACGUCAAUGUGACAUCUGUGAGAUUAGCACUCAGUGCUUUCCUCUGGUUCUGGGCAGAUAUGGCAGUUUGCAUGGAUACAUCCGAAGUAUAUCUGCAUAGGCUGAGGCUGUCCAUUAGGACUGCAUUGGCCAAAGAAAUACCUGCAGUGGAACCGAAGUACUAAGACAGUUAUCGCCCUGCUUAAUCCUGCAGUUCAUAAGCCUGAAUUAAGUUACGUACAGCCAGCUCCCUCCAGUGGUAUUUCUCUCUAAGUUCUAAUGCAUUAUGAAAUUGGGUUUUGCUUUGGGAUUUUGUUUGUUUGGUUUUGCUUUGCUUUUCAUACAUGCACCCUAAUGUGAAGAGGUUAUGACAUGACCAAGGUUUAAGCUCUCUGAAUCACUUCCAGGCUCUUCUGCCCUUAAGGACAAGGCACAGGGAGCCAAUUGCCUCCUGAAAUUCCUAUCACAGUGUGAAAUGAAAAUGAAAACCAGGCAAACCUGAGCAAAAUUACUACUUGGCAGGUGAAUACAUGGCUUUCCAAUUCAACUCAGCCUCUCUUUUCUCCUAUGCAAAGGCCUUCAAGCUUUCUUUUUGUUUGCCUUGGGUACACCAAACAAACUUCCUAAACUCCACAUGAGCAUUUUACUAUUAGUACUUUCUGCAGUAAGUAACUUAAAGUAACUGUACCACAUCCUGGAGCGUAGGCAUCAUAUUUGAUAUAUGAAGUCACGAAGUAUGAAGCAGGACAAGGGGAAAUGGUUUUAAGUUGAGGGAGGAAAGACUUAGG